UUUUCAGCCACUCUCCUAAUUGUACCUCUUUAGUGUACACAAUAUGUCGUACUCCAAACCUAUGAGCUACCCAGUAAUAAAAUGCCUAUUGGAGCAUUUGGAUCCCAAUUUGAGAUUCAAACUUGCUCUCAGUUGCCCGUUAAUCAAAAACCUUGAAAAAUUGGUUCAUUUGCACAUCAAGUACCUAAAAUUGACAGAUCACAGCAUCACGAUAAACAAGGAUACCUAUCAAUUUACGGUUCACAAUACAAAAAAUGGUUUCUUACACGAUAUCGAUGAACGGGAUGAGCUAGAUCUUAGCCCAAUUCAUGAAGAUCCAAAUGAGCUCAUAAUUGACGUGAGAAAAAAUAUAAGAUGGUAUUUUAGAGCAGCAAAUGUUUCUAGUGAGAAUACUAUUCAGCUGAAGAUUGGAGAUAAAUUUGAAAUUCUGAGAUAUCGUAGGAAGAUGCAUGAAGCUUUGAAAUACCUUCUCGGGAAACUAUUUGAAGGAAAAACCGUUAAAGUGAACCACCUCACCAUUAAAUGUGGAAAUGUUAUCCGAAUUCUGUCAACUGUGAAAUUUCGCGUCAAAAUAUUGGAAGUUCUUGAUGAAAAUACUUAUGAUGAAUUGGACACCAUUCGUUCGAUAAUUCAAACCUCUAGCCUUCCAUUAAACGUUGAAACAUUUCGGUUUCUACAAGCCCCAGUAUCCAGACAUGAACUUAUUAGAACGGCUGGAAUGUUGGAAAUUCGAUGUUCAAUUGAUGUCCACACGCUAGCAACACUGAACCACAGAAGAGUUCAUGCUCCAUAUUUUUAUGAAUGGAGAAGCAAUUGUUUUGUCGAUUUUUUGGAAAUUUGGAUGGAAUACGGUAAAGAAAUUGGGUCUUAUUAUACAUUCAAUAUUUUCGAGCAUAGGAUAGAUAAAGCUAUGAAGAGAAUCAGAAAAAUGUAUAAAAGAAGUGUUGAGGCUGGGUCUGCGAGGAGGGCUGGUCAGCUCACUCUCAAUAUGAACAAUAGUUCACAACUCGUGAUCAGCAAAGUUAAACAAGGAGAUGCAUGGAUUCUUGGGGUGGAAGUCAAAGAUCGAAUGGUUUUGUAAAUUAAAUUAUGAAUUUUUUUAUAUGGUUAUGUACAUGUUUUUUGUUGAAUAAAUCACAAACUGGAAAA